UUCAAGUCCUUCAGUCCCUUUUGAGUUUCUCUCAAGUCAACACGAAAAUUUCCAACGUCGCGACAACCCUGCAGAAUUGACUAACGUGUAGUACAAACACAUUUACAUAUAAAUAUGCUAGACAUACCUGGGAAAGUACUAAUAAGUUUGCAGCACUUAAUCGGUUACAAAUCUCAAAACUGGCCGAAUAACCGACCCAUGGCAGAUAAAUUUCAUCCUGACGAUGCCAAGUUGGCAUUUGUAAAUUCGGGCGAAAUGUAUAACCGCCACUUCGUUUUGCGGAAUAAGAAGCCAUCCGGCUACUCCUACGUUGUGGUCUCCUGUCACAAGGAAAUCGUAUACGGAAAAUCACCCAUUUUGGACCAUUUUAUCGACGCGGAGAUUGGAAGGUUUUACGAGUACAAUGAUGCCUUUGACAAUUUGAAUGAACUCCACUUUCGAAGAAUGCUGGGGUUUUUUUAUGACUACGACAUGAACUACAUCGUGGACAACCAAGAACUGACGGACCUUUACGAGAUGGCGAAACUCUUCGAGGCCAAAUCGGUGGUUGAUUUCUGCGUUAAAAAAAUCAUCUGCGCUAGACUUGGUUGCACAUUAAGGUUGCCAUCGACCCCUGCAGCGGCUACUUCGUCAUCACCAUCGUCAACCUCAUCUUCAGAUUCAUCAUCUGAAGAAGAAAAUGAUUUUUUGUCAUGCUCGUCAUCGUCAGAUUUAUCGUCAUCGUCAUCUGACAAGGAUUUUUCGUCAUCAUCUUCGUCAUCGUCAUGUUCUGAAGAAUCUUUAAGUCACUGGAGCGACUUUGCAAAAUUUGACAUGAAUUUCGCACCGAUGAUUCUACCCAGGGUUCCAGAUUAUAUUAAGAAAAUCCUAAAACCAAAAAAGAAUGGGUUGGAAUCCACAAAUUUGGAGAAAUCUUUGCCAAUGGCCAAGAAGACACCCAUGUCGAUCCUCAAAGCGGAACUUGUGUCGGAAUUGACCGCCUCUCUAAAAUCCGAGAUCAAAAAGGACCUCAUCAUCAACUUAAAGGACGCCGUUAAGAAGGAUGACUUUUUGGCUGAAGUGCAGUCCAAAAUUUCUCAUCGUCUCCGUGCCGAUUUGACCUUGACCGAAGAAAUUAGCGCCAAUUUACGAGAUGGAAUAAAAACCGAGCUAAUAAAUGACCCAGAUCUGAACGUCGGAUUGCCGAGGCACAUUAGAAAUGAGGUUUUGCGAGAUGGGAGUUUAACAGGUUCGAUAAAGCAGGAAUUAGUCUCUGAGAUAAAGAGGGAGACUUUACCCGAAUUUAAGGAAGACCUUAAAGACAGGAUUUUGGUUCGGGGGACUACGAAGGAUGAUCUUGUGGGGGAAAUUCGGUCCAAACUUUUGAACGAUGGCGAACUUAAGAAAAAGUUGGGUGAGGCUUUGAUUAGUUCAAUUCGCAAUGAAUUUUUCUAAAUUAUGGGAAUUUUGUACACUCUAAGAAAUUUUACCACCAGCGCGGUGGUCAUAUGUGACUCUACCGGCAGGUGGCAGAAGACCACCGGAUGGUGGAUGCCCAUCACCAGCUCAGUGAUGAUCAAUCACCGUGCGGUGGUGCAGUUGUCACCUUGCGGUGGUUGCAGCUGUCACCAUUCCGGAAGAGUCACAUAUGACCACCGCGUGCUGGUAGUUAUCACCAGGUUUCUUAGAGUGUAGGCAUUUAGUAGUAUAUAUAUAAAAAAAAGUUUGGUUAUUUACAUAAAUAUCGGAUUAGUUAAGGUCAAUAUAUCUAAAUUUAUUAAGUGCAUGGAGUCCUUAAUCGGAGUUAUGGUCCCCCAAUUUAGUAAUUUGAAAAAACUUACAAGUUAGUUAGUUGUUAGUUAGUUAGUUUGUUAGUAGUUUACAUAAUUCGCGUUGUUACGUAAAUAUCGAAUUAGCUAAGGCGAAAAGUCUUUUUAAAGUACGUUGAGGCCUUAAUCAAAAUUAUUAUCCCGAAAUUAGUUAGGAUUGGAUUAUUAUAAUCUUAAAGAUUGACAAAUUUGAUUACUUAAUUUCAAAAUUUUUCACUAUAAAAACAAACUCUUGACGUGUGUACUACAGAAAAAUAGACUAACUGCAUUCCUUAUUUAAAAAUUAGUAAAGUAUUUAAAUGCUCAUAAAACUUUUAACUUAACCCUACCGCAUACACGACCUAAAUUUCGAAAUACAUUAGAAUUUUUCAAAAAGAUUGUGCGUUAAUAUUUUAUACCCAAGUCUUGAUACCGAAGUGCGCAUAUUAUUCUAAAUAUUUACAAUUAAAAAAGACUUUUUCCUUCUUUUUAUUAACAAAAAAGGCAAAUAAAUUAUACUUGUUUCGUUAAAAGGUUCUCGUAAUCUAAUAAUUACUUACCGAUCCACAAUUUACAUAAUAAUUUAUCUUAGUUACAUAUUUCAACUAUAUUUAUAUACUAAAUAUGAUUAAACCUAAACUAGAAACAGAUAUAGAAGAUAAAGUUAAUUGGCCAUUAGACUUAUGUAUUUAACUCCAGUAAUAAAAUGUA